GAUGAUGACCAUGACACGCUCCAUGAGGACCAGGGCAUGUACGAGCGUCUGACGUCCCAGCAGCUCUUCCUGCUGCUGGACUGCCUGCUGGAGUCCCACAAGUUUGCCAAGGCCUUCAACUCCAACAACGAGCAGAGAACGGCGCUCUGGAAAGCAGAGCUCUUUGUUUCUGUCAGUCAUAUGUUGAAGUAUACAGACCUUUGUUCCAUAGGGUUCAAGGGUAAGUCCAAGCCCAACUUGCUGAAGCAGGAGACCACCAGUCUGGCCUGUUCCUUACGGAUCCUGUUCAGAAUGUACUAUGACGAGAAGAGAAGGGACUUCUGGCCUGCCGUACAGGAGAGACUGCUCAAGUAGGUGAAACAUGAUAGACGGUUUGAGCACUCAAUAAGGGUGUUUUGAAUGCCCCAUAAAUUCCCAAGAACCCACCAAACUUAUUCUGGUAUUACUAU